AAUAAUUUUUGAUUUGGAUUCCAAUUAUUUUGGCUUUCGAUUUUUGCAUAUUUGAUCGAAACUAAAUAAUCAAGGAUGGAGUCUUCACCAACUUCUUCUACCGACUUUGCAUUCGGAGCAAAAAAAACAGACUCGGCCGACACAUUUCAGGGAUUCAGUGACAAGUACAACUUCACCGCUUCUGUGCUUUGUAUGCUAACUUUUGGAUUCGGAGCAAUCUUACUUUCCACUGCCCCAAUGUUUAUUACUGGUCUCAUCUCUACAGUUUGGAUGAUUGCGUGCUUCAGAUGGCUUAAUCUUCAUGGUCCAAAAAUGACUAGAAAUGAGGUGAUCUUCUUCGAGGCCAGCAACCUUCUCGAGUUGGAUCCUCCAGUAUUCCGUUUUGGAAUGACUGCAAACGUUGAUGACUGUCUGACACCGGGAGACGGUGAACAACGAGAGCCACCACAGCCUCAAACUCUCUGGGAUGCGCUUUUCUCGGAUGAGAAAAAGAUUCAGAUGGAUAAGUUCUAUCAGAAACAUUAUGGCGGAGUUCAUGCACAUGCCACAAAGAUGUUUAUGGAAUACGAGAUGGAAAAGGCAAAGGAAGAUUCGAAAGGAGGAAUGGCCACGACUUCACCAAAGUACCCCAAGUAGUUUUUACAGUCGACGAAUGUUUUCUGAUACAGCAAUAAACUUUUUUCUAUUUU